AUGGCGCGGUGUGUGACUACUAUGUCUUGCGCGCUAAAAAUGGUAUCUCCCAAAUCCCUCGGUCUGAUAGUUAUCGGUGACGAAAUACUGAAUGGAAAAGCAAAAGAUUCCAAUUCACGACAAGUAUGCCUCACUGCCCCGCUUUUUGGUGUACGACUUCGGAAGAUUUCUGUUAUUCCCGAUGACUCAGAUGCUAUUGCAGAGGAAGUUCGCAACUAUAUGAGCCGUUACGACUACGUAAUAACAUCGGGGGGUAUAGGUUCUACUCACGAUGAUGUGACAUAUGAAGGUGUUGCAAAGGCACUAAAUGAAAAGAUUAUCAUUCAUCCAAAGUUCUUACAAACCCUCAGGAGACUAUCAGAACCGAAUAUGAUUUCCUCUUCAGACCCCAUAACCAAACUUGCCAAAAUACCGGAGUCAUCUGAAUUACUAUAUGCAACAGGAAUCCAGAUGGAUAAUGAAAGCUCUUAUCCUAUUGUCAAAGUGAAAAAUAUCUUCAUUUUACCAGGAGUUCCAUGCUUAUUUAAUAUGGCACUAGAGAUAAUUAAGGACCAUAUCCGAGAUCCUAAUGUGAUAUUCUUUCAUCAUUCCUUAUAUCUUACCACUAUGGAAACUGAAAUAGCGAAGGAUUUGUCUCAAUUAGCCGAAAAAUAUCAAGGUUUAGUCAGUAUUGGAUCUUAUCCUGCAUUUCAUAACAACUAUUAUCGUGUUCGAAUAGCUUUUGAUUCACUUGAAGAAAAUACUCUGAAGUUGGCUUAUGAAGAAGCUGAACGCCUAUUUAAAGACUACAUUAUAAGGUAUAAUCCAUAUCCAAUCAAUAAAGCUGAUGAAGAAGUUUAUAAAUUAUGUAAGCAGGCAGAAUCGAAUUUGGGUAAACGUGUAGCUAAAUCUUUGCAGUUUAUAGAAGAAGUACUGAAUAAAUACAGUGAUUCUGAGCUGGUUAUAUGUUUUAAUGGUGGUAAAGACUGCACAGCGUUACUUCAUUUAAUCCAUGCUGCAAUUCAACAUCAAAGUCAUAAUAAUAACAACCAUUCGGAAAAUAUAAAACCUACAAGAUUACCGAAACUUUUAUAUAUUCGUUCAUGUUCUACUUUUCCAGAAAUCGAACUAUUUGUUGAAAAAAUAGUUGAUGCGUAUUAUUCAUUAUGGAGUAAAAUUUCACGACCAGAUUUAAGACAUUAUGAACAGCGACACGCCGAUGUAAAUUCACAGACUUUAUCGUGCUCAAUGGAUAAUAGCGUAUUUAUAUAUGAGGGAUCUAUUCAAAGUGCAUUGGAAAGAUUUUUAGGGGAUUAUCCUGAAAUAAGAGGUGCCUUCAUGGGUACAAGAUAUACAGAUCCUGGAGCAUACAAAAUGUCUCAUAUGGUAAUGUCAGAUCCUGGUUGGCCUCAAAUUCUUCGGAUCAAUCCACUCUUAGAGUGGACAUACUCUGAUGUAUGGAAUUUUCUCCGAUCUCUUUCACUUCCAUACUGCAGUCUGUAUGACGCCGGAUACACAUCAAUUGGAAGUAUGGAAGAUACUCAUCCCAAUCCACGAUUAAGGUAUAUAACAGAAAGUGGACGAAUCGCAUACCAUCCAGCAUUUACACUGAACGAGGAGAUUUGUGAACGCAUUGGUCGUGUACAUGAGAAUACUAAAACUGAUUAA